AUGCAGGUUUGGAAGCCGGAUCCUCACCAGAAGCCAGUCGACACAGCAAUCGCAAGUUUCCUCGACACUGCAUAUCUUCCAGAGCGUCUUCAACACUCCAAUCUGCUCUGGAGAGUGUACGACAAGACGUUCAAGGCUCUUCAUUACCUCUCUGGCGGGACGGCGGCCGGCCCGGAUCAGUGGGUCGGAGAGAUUGAGGGUGAACGCAAUAACGUUGACUCACUGUUUCUGGUCAAGUCCGACCGCGCGCUGCCAUAUCUCAAUGAGGGAAAUCGGCCGCAAGACAUUUUCUCUCGCAUCAGAGCUUUUGUGAUGAAUAUUGAGUUGAAAAACACAAGUGGCAGAAAGAUAUUGACGGCACCUUGGCCAUUGGCUUUCCGGGACGAUGGGACUGUCGUGUUUCCGGACAGCAAGAAGCGUGAGCACGUUGAGGCGCUAUCUCGAGUCAUCAAGCCCGACUUGGUGGUCGCCGCAACUGGAUAUGUGCGUCGGUUCGAUUUCCUGGACGACGGUUACCCGGAACCCAGUGAGCUGGAUGUCCGCGGGAUCUGGAGGCGCGGAGAGGUGACUGCUGGAGCUAUCCCGCCUCUCGCCGAACUACAGGCGCAACUAUGGGUUCUUAACCUCCUCCGGCACAAGUACCCUCAACAGAUGGCGCUGCAUGCUCCUGAUGCCAGCCAAGGAGAGUCCAAUGAUGAUGCUAUUCCCCACUAUGAGAUCGACUACGCUCUCAAGGCUCGAGGCGGACAUGACUUGUUCAAGAGCAAGCACGGUGUUGAACAGGAAUCCUACGCAUAUCAGCUUGCUCUCGACAUGGGCAGCGCGCCGACCUUUUCUUUUAUGAAGCGUCAAGGAUUCAAAGCACUUUUCACAUGGGCAAUGGGAUCAAACUUUAACACCAAAUUUCGUCUUAUUGGUCCAUGGAGAUGGACAAAGGGCGCGCUGCCCAUCAUGCGCGGCGAACUGUUUGAUGUUGUCAAGCAAACAGGGGGUGGUGUUUUUGAUCAAGUGCCCCGCGCGGGGUACCUGGACGGCCUGUUAUUCUUAGUCCCUUCCAUGGAAGCUGGCACCAAGCCCACGAUUUCACUGGGUAAACUCGGCUCGUUCCCUAGCAACCUCAUCAUUGAGCGCCCAUUUCACAUCACCUACGAGAUCCAAGAUAGACGGGAUGGCGAGAACUUUAACAGACUGCGAGUCGUCUCUACGAGCGAGAUUCACGCCGACGCCCUGGCCGACUUGAACGCCCAGAACACCGAGGAGGAGGGCACCACUCUUGAGAAUGUCAUUGCCGCCCCCGAUGGCGCAGAGUUCGAACUGGUCGAUCAGGAAAGCGGCAACGUAGUUGCCCACUCGCGACGUGAGAUUAUCGACGACGCCGCCCGCCAGACCUUGACCGCCGAGGAGAUUGAGCAGCUAAAGCAGGGCAACACAGACGCCGGCAAGGAGAUCAUCGCAAAGCUACUGCUGUCGCAUACCGCCAUUGACCAGAAGACGGCCUUCUCUCUCGCCAAGUACAAGUUGCUCAAGACCAAGAAGUAUAUUCGACGGUUCAUGAUACAACCACUUGACCCUCUGACGCUAGGCAAGUGGCUCUUGGAAGAGAAGGAUGCGGGAAAGGUGCUGGAGAUGCGGGAAGAGAUGAUGGGGCUCUUGAACUCCUGGGCCAACGUCCACUUCGGCGGCGUAUCUCCCACGGACAAGCCUGAGACCGUGACGAUUGAUGGGUCUGGCAUGUUGGACAAAUCCGAGAUUGGAGGUCGGUGGCUUGUGGUGGAGGACACAGGAGGUCUUGUUACCGCCGCCAUGGCCGAGAGGAUGGGCAUACUAUACCCCAAAGACCCCGAAGAGGUCCAAGAAGUGGAGGAUGCUACAGGUGUUGGCAAGGAAGAAGCCAAUGGAGUCAAGCCAGCAGAGAACACCACCGCCACCAUUGACGUCGCCGCAACAGAACAGACACAGGAGACAAGCACAGAGACUGCAGUACAAGACCCAACAACAACAAUGCCCGAGGAGGCCACAGCUGAUGCCACAAUGACAAAUGAUGGCGAGACGACAAAGCCGCAGCAACCCCGACGAAGACACCCGCCCCGUCGCGACGACUUUGAAGCCAUGUUUGCCCCUACCAACACCUUGACGCUCAUCCACCCCAACAGCCAGCCAAACCUCGCCCUCCUCAAAUACUACAACUUUGACAGCACAAAUCCAAACCCGCCUUACCCGCUUCAUCCCCUCGCUACCAACCUAUUGCCCAUUUCAUGGCUGCAGCUUUUGGAGCCCGAGGAGGAUGUCACAUAUUCAACACCGCCCCCCGAGGUCUCGGACGAGGAGCUGCACUCAUGGAAGGCUAACCGGCGUGGUAACUACCACCGGAAGCGAAGACGUUGGGCGAGAACCCGCUACAUUGUGGACUCGACGCGCGCUGGUGGGUUUUCCGGUCUCGUCAUCGCCAGCACGAUGGACACGGUGUCCAUCCUCCGUCACACCUUGCCACUCCUGGCCGGUGGAGCGCCGAUUGCCGUCUACUCGCAAAGCAUCGAGCCGUUGACGGAACUGGCCGAUUGCUUCAGCAUUGCCCGCCGCGCAGGCUGGUCGUCAAAUCCUCCGGCCGAGGCAGCUGGGAAGUCUGUCCAGGAGUUGGAGCGAUGGGAGGGUUCAGACGAUUUCCCCAUCAACCCGACUCUGCUCUUGGGCGCCAAUGUCCAGACGAGCCGCGCGAAGCGGUGGCAAGUUCUGCCCGGUCGCACACACCCCAUGAUGAUGGGGCGCGGCGGGGCGGAUGGUUACGUUUUUACGGGUUGGAAGGCAGUUCCGGCAGAGGGUAAGGUCGAGGCAAGAGGCAAGUUCAAGAGGAGAAAGGUGGAAGCAUGA